AUGUCUUACGAUAACAACAGUGAUUACCUUUUCUCAGAAGACGAAGAUGAUAUUUGUCCACUAUGUUGUGAGGAUAUGGAUAUCACAGAUAAAAACUUCAAACCAUGUCCAUGUGGUUAUCAAAUCUGUCAGUUCUGCUAUAAUAACAUUAGAACUAACCCAGAAUUGAAUGGAAAAUGUCCGGCAUGCCGUAGACUCUAUGAAGAUAAAAACAUUGAAUACAGAAAUAUCACAGCAGAAGAAUGGAAACUUCAGAAGGCUAAAAUUGAAAAGAAAAAAAGAGAGAAGAAACUACUUGAAAAGGAGAGAAAGGAUGCAGAACAAGCGAAACGACAUCACCUAGCUGGUAUGAGGGUAAUACAAAAGAAUUUAGUGUAUGUUGUGGGUCUCAAUCCACCCUGUUCUUACGAUGACCUAAUUCCCCUGCUUAAAUCAGAGAAAUACUUUGGUCAGUAUGGUAAAAUUAAUAAGAUUGUGAUCAACAAAAGAAAUCCUAACCAGGUGAGCUCAUUCCACCAGUCUUCCUCUAAUCCGGGCUAUGGUGUUUAUGUUACUUUUGCGAGGAAAGAAGAUGCGACUAGAUGUAUUGCAGCUGUCGAUGGAUCCAUCAGCGAUGGUAAAGUUUUAAAGGCAGCAUAUGGUACAACUAAGUACUGCUCCUCUUAUCUUAGAGGUCAACCAUGUCCUAAUCCAAAUUGUAUGUUUUUACAUGAACCUGGUGAAGAAGCUGACUCUUAUUCUAGACAUGAUUUAACUUCUAAAGCAAGCAGCAAAGAGAAAAUUGAGGACUAUGAUUUUUCCCCUCAAAAUUCACCUCGUCCUCAGCUCUCUCAACUGAACUCGAAUAAUUCUAAUAUCAAUUUACAAUCUGGGAAUAUGUUCACAUCCAAGCCCUUGCCAAGUGAAAAUGAAGGCCCUGCGUUACCUCCUACUGUUUCUUGGGCAAAAGUCAAGCCACAAGGUGGUUCUCUUCCAUCAUCUGAUCCGAUAACUGCGUCUCUUUCUGCAUCCGCAUUUCCUUCACUAAACGACGCACUCUAUCAAAAUAAAACCAGUUCGCAAACAGACUUACAGCAGCAGGUUAACCAAUUGCAAAAGCAGCAACAAUUUCAAUUGCAGCAGUUACUUCAAAAAUCACAGCAGCUACAGAAACAGCAACAGGAUCAACAAGAUGCCUCCAACCAGGAUGAGGCAACGAACAAUCAAGUACACCCCAAAAAGAAAGAAAAGAAAGAAAAAGAUCAUCAAAGCCCAGUUGUCUUGGAUAUAUCUGCAAUUUCUUUCAAGGGAGUGUCAGAUUCGCUUAAACACAUGGAUGAGAGUAAUUUCACAUACUCUAUAGACGAUAAAUUCAAAACACCUGAAUUUUCAAUCUCAUCCAACAUCAGGCUAUUCCAUUGCUUGGAUUUGGGAGCGUUACCAAAUGAAAAAAAAUUAGGUUUGAUGAAUGAGGAAGAUAAAUCUCGCCUUUCUGUUUUGACCGAAUCGUUACUAUUUUCACCAUUUACUAGGAACUACAAUUACAGGGCAUAUCUCCAAGCUGCAAAUGCAUCUAAAAUCAAGGCUGCACAAGCACAAGCACAAGCGGAAGCGGAAGCUGUAGCCCUUGGAUCGCCUGAACAACUAAAAUCUACUUUGACACCGUCACAAAUCCAAGCACAAUUGCAGCACUCAUCUAGCUUUAGUUCUGGCGUAAACCCUACCCAAGCAUUCCUUCAACAAAGAUUAAUGCAACAACAGCAACAGCAACAGCAACAAAAGAUUCUGGAUCCUAGAGUUUCUGCUUCCGCAUCACCUAUUCCACCACCACCGGGAUUGCACAGUAAUAUAGGAAAUGAUGCCAAAUCAAAUAGUCAGGAAUUAUUGUCACAGUUAAUGGGCAAGAAAGUCACAGUAUAA